AUGAAUAUCGACUGGGUGGAGGGUCGUGUUCCCAAGAUCGAUCUGCCACGGCUGCGCAAGUUGUGUAGCGGUGAGUUAAAGGAAGAGGAUGAGAGCAGGUUCUGUUUUCGUUACCCUAACAACUGUAAGGGCAUGGGUGAGAUUUGGUGUCGAUUGGCAAAAAAGUUUGGCACAGAAGUUUUUGAACUGAAUUGUGAAGUUGUUCAAGUGGCAGUGGGGGAGAAGAAGGUAAGAGUAAUCUCAGCUUGUGUUUGAACGAUUUUAGAGUUUUGAGGUUUAAAACAGUACUAAACUUUUAUAUAUGGUACUAACUAGUACUAUACUUAAUAGUACUUGAUUUGAAAAGUAGCCCGGCCCGUUUCGGCUAGCCCACGCCAAGAUACUAAAGCCAAAACCACUUCCAGCUAACAUACAAAAACUUACUUGACGACACCACCCAUACCAUCAGUUAUGAUCGCCUUUUGUCCACCAUACCCAUCACAGAGCUCAACAAACUCUCCAACCAUAUCAUCCCAUCCUUAUCACUCUCUCAUUCCAAAGUGAUUCUCGUUGGUGUAGCCUUGCAUCUGCCGCAGAACCAGCUGGCUUCACAGUUCAGUUGGGCCUACUAUCCACGACCAGAGACCGUCUUCUACCGCAGUACCGUGAUCUCCAACUUCUCCGACAAUAUGACACCGGACAACUCCAAGUACUGGUCGGUUUUGUGUGAGAUCGGCCGAAAACCAGAGGAUAAUAUUGAUGAAGUAGUGAUGAUAAAAGAUGUGAUAAGGGAUUUGAUAGAAGUGGGGCUGGUUGAUAGUGAAGAUCAGGUUCAUUCAACGUGGUUCCAGAUCAUACCAUAUGGGUAUCCAAUACCAACGAUUAAUAGGAAGGCUGAAAUGGACAAAUGUCAUAAGACUUUGGAAAAACAGCAGGUUUACAGCAGGGGACGGUAAGUUAAAUUUUGAAAAUUAGUAAUUUUUUGUCCCUAUGAUAACAGAGAGGGGGCAAAAAAUAAAGGAAAAAAAACAAUUUUAAAAAAUAUUAACCCGCCCUUUCUUAUUGAGUUUUGAAAAAAAUCGACGGGUAUAUCGUCGAUCUUGACCAAAAGAAUCUAUAAAUAUAAAAACUUACACGAAUAGUCCUCCUCUCCUAUUAAAGGCUCAAAUUUGCAUUAAAAACGGCAAUUCAGAUUCGGAUCGUGGCACUAUGAAACUUCGAACCAGGACAAUUGUUUUGAAAUCGGUCGAUGCUUGAUUAAUCGACUGUAUUUAGACAUUGCAGAGCCUCCAUUCUAA